UAUAGAUCCACACCUAAAAACACACAAAAACGGACAAAAAUCACACAAAAAACAUCAAAGACAAAAUAUUGCAUUAAAAAUGGUGAAUUUUGCUGAAUGGUGAAUCGCAAACUGCAAAAUCUGAAAAACCUGCAAAGACUUACACUUGGUCGAGGUGUUUUUUACCUUUGCUGAAAAAGGGUUGAUGCACUAAAUUGGAAUUGGAAAUUUCUAAAAAAGCUGACAGCAGGGCUCCAUGCUGCUUCGUUUUUACUCAAGAGGAAUUCUAUUUAUUUCUAAGUCCAUCCAGUACAUCUAAAACCACAAUUUUCUUUUUCCACCUGCUGGUGACUUUCUCAUAUGACCUUUCAUCAUGCAGCUUUUUAUAACUAUACUGUGUUUCCGUUGCAUUGCUCAGCUGCUUCACUUGCAUGAAACAGUCUGUUACCUUUAUUCAUUACAUCCUAGUUGAGUUCUUUAUUGUGGUCAAAAUAUAUCUUAUCACCUACUGUUUUACUGUGAUGAAUAAAGUAUGAAUGAGCUUUCCAAAGCCUGAAUGGACGACAGAUCUUUUCUGUUCCUUAAAUAUGAAUUAUAAUGAUGCAUGUGAGGAGGCAUCAGACUGUGGAGUGACUUCAUUGUCUUUCAGUGCUUGUCACUUUGUAAUUGUUUGUGUUUUUUAUUUGUUUGAUAAAAGGCCAUUUGCUUAAUGUUUUGUUUUAUUACUAGAGGAUGCUGUAUCAUGGCCCAACACACCGUCACUCUCUGUUCAUAGGCAGCGGAGUGAAGAUUAUGAAGUAAACAGGAAACCUUAUGUGGUCUGUAUUCAGUCGCACAUCUUGGUGUGGGAGGGUCGGAUGAAAAGAAUAAAAAUUUGACAUGAAGUCACAUGAUUUGCUGUAAAUCUGAAACGAAUAUAGCCCUCUGCCCAGAUCUACUGACGAGAAGGAACAGGACCGAGGUGUAAGAUUUGGUGCCCAAUAUUGGAGUACAUUGAAAAGUGGGCUCAAUAGCUAUGGGAAAAGGCCAGUCAAAACCUUCACUUUUAGAUCAGCCAUGGAGGAAUCUACCAGAGGACAAUCAGGAAGACCUCACUUUUGUGAAAGACUACGAACCGCGAAACCAAGGAGCCAAUCAUCUCAGGAUUCUGCUUCAUGGACCAGUCGGUGCCGGCAAGUCCAGUUUCAUCAACUCUGUGGACUGUGCCUUACAAGGCAGAAUUGCCGGUCGAGCUCCAACAGAUGCAACAACUUCGACCAGCUUCACUAAAAAGUACAAAACUUACAAAAUCCUUAAAGGUCAAGACGACUUUUAUUCUUUCAUUUUCAAUGACACCAUGGGCUUUGAGAAAGAAACCAACACUGGUGUUCUUGAGGAAGACGUCAAACUGGUUCUGGAAGGACAUGUGGAAGACGGUUACAAGUUCUCUCCCAGCCAGAAACUGAUGGAGGGUGAUAAAGGUUACAGGUCAGCUCCCACUCUGGACGACAAAGUUCACGUUCUGGUUUGUGUGCUUCCUGCCGACAAAGUAUCUUUAACAAGUGAUGAAGUUGUGAAGAAGAUGAGAGAAGUCAGAAUCACAGCCAGUGACAUGGGAAUUCCCCAACUGGCUAUUCUCACCAAAGUGGAUGAAGCCUGUCCUGAAACGAAGGAAGAUAUAAAGGAUGUCUAUAGGAGCAAGUACCUGAAGGAACAGGUCGACAAAUUCAGCAAGUUGCUGGGUCUUCCUCAGGACUGCAUCUUCCUCGUGAAGAACUACGGUACAGAUCCCAUCAUGAAUGAUGACAAUGAUGUGGUGAUACUGAACGCACUGAGACAGAUGAUCACAUUUGGAGACGACUUCCUCAACAAUCCGUAGAUCUGCAUUCUGCUGAAGAAGACUUUGUACAAUCAAAGCUUGAAAACACAAUAGCUUCCUUAAAUAACUAAAGAUAAUAAUAAUAACAAAUGGUAUCUGGUAUAGCACCAUUUCAUCAUGUCCGGCUAUAUUACAAUAUAUAAAUAUCCUUCUCAUCACAAAGUCUUUGUGAUUAAAAAAAAAAAAAAAAUCUAUGACCAAAUCAACCAAAAAAAAAAAUCAGCAAGGACAUUAAGUACAAAGGAUUUGACCUGUAAUUAAUGAUUUGGUUUAAAUGUGUGUUUUUAAGUAUAUUUGUUGUGAUAUUCAUGUAGCUACAUCAUUUGAAGUUGUAUGUUAAUCUUGCUUUAUACAGUCAGUCUUAUAUGCAAACUAACUUAACUAAGCUUCACCACCCCCCCAGCACCCCACCACACCAACACACACACACACACACACACACACCUUUCCUCUCUUUUGUAAGCCUACACUAGAUUAGACUCUUUGUUUAACUCUAUUUUUUAUAAAGGUGUGCUUUUAUUUGCUUUGCUUGAUAUUUUGAAUAAAUACCUUUUCAUUGCAAAUGCUGUCUUUUUGAUGUUGUACACUAUGAACAAUAUUCCAUC